ACAGAGAGAGAGCCCACAGUCACCAUCUCCUCUCCUCCUCCUCCUCCUCCUCUUCUUGCACUCCCUCUCUCAGCUCCCAUCUCUUCCAGCACACGCUCACACUCCUUCCCUCUGAUGCCGACUGGAUGCAGACCGGGGGAUUUCCAGCAGCUUCCUGAGUCUGUCCUCCCUCUCCUCCCUCCUCCUCCUCCUCCUUCAACAUCCGGAGCUUCUCCUUUUUUCUGCCUCCUCUUUUCUCCUGCUCCUCACCACCAGGAUGUGGCACUCGUUGGCUCUGCUCCUCUCUGGAUUCUCUGCUUUGAUCCACGUGUCGAUGCAGGGUCCUCACCAGAGGACCCUGCUGAAGAACCUCCUGAAGGACUACAACCGGAUGGAGCGACCGGUGGGCAACGACUCCCACCCUCUCACCGUUGUCUUCUCCCUCAGUUUGAUACAGAUCAUGGAUGUGGAUGAGAAGAACCAGGUGCUCACCUCUAACAUUUGGCUACGGAUGAGUUGGUUCGACCACUAUCUCCAAUGGAACCAGAGCGAACAUCCUGGAGUGAAAAACCUCCGCUUCACCACAGAUCAGGUCUGGACACCAGACAUCCUGCUCUACAACAGUGCAGAUGACGACUUUGACUCUACCUUUAAGACCAAUGUUCUGGUGAACUCCAGUGGCUAUGCUGAGUAUCUGCCUCCAGGAAUCUUUAUGAGCACAUGCAACGUGGAUGUUCGCUGGUUCCCUUUUGACAUCCAGAAGUGUGAGCUGAAGUUCGGCUCUUGGACGUACGAUGGCUGGCUGCUGGACCUCCAGAUGAACGAUGCUGACAUCUCAGCCUACAUGCCCAAUGGAGAGUGGGACUUAGUUGGAGUUCCCGGCAGCAGAAACGAGGCUUUCUACGACUGUUGUAAGGAGCCUUACCCGGAUGUGACAUUUGUUGUGACAAUACGGCGGCGGACGCUCUACUAUGCACUGAACCUGCUCAUCCCCUGCGUGUUGCUGUCUUCGAUGACCCUGCUCAUCUUUGUGCUGCCAGCUGACUCUGGGGAGAAGAUCUCACUGGGUAUCACCGUCUUGCUGUCUCUAACUGUUUUCAUGUUGCUGGUCGCAGAGAUCAUGCCAGCCACAUCGGACUCUGUCCCUCUUAUAGGUCAGUACUUUGCCAGUAUAAUGAUCAUCGUUGGGAUGUCAGUCAUUGCCACAGUGGUGGUUCUGCAGUAUCAUCACCAUGAUCCAAAUGGAGGAAACAUGCCAAAAUGGGUGCAGCUCGUCUUGCUGCAGUGGGUAGCAUGGUUCUUGCGUAUGAAGCGGCCAGGAGAGAAUGACGACCCGGAGCGACCCCCGUGUGCCCCCCACUUGCGGCGCUGCUCCUCGGGCUCCCAUAGCGGGAGCAUCCCAAACCCUCCGGACCCCACCCUCCAUCCGUUGCACCCACAGAACCUGGCUCCUCUCCAAACAGGGCCCCUCCACGCGGGGCAUCCUCACCUCCACGCCCAGUCCAGCGCUAACAACAACGGGAACCUUCUUUACAUGGGCUACCAGAGCAUGGAGGACCCUUCAAUGCUCUCAGAGCCUCUCCAGAGGAAUAACAUCUCCACAGGGCCUCCACGGGUAGCAGGAAGCCCACCUCCGCACCUCCCAUCUCAGUUCUGCAGCUCCCCACCACCUCCUACCCCCAAUAUGGAUACUGUAGGCUGCCCCAGCACUGUCUCCAGUGGUGGGGGCUUUGGAGGUGGACCCGGAGGGCUUGGAGGGUGCUCAACUGCGGGGAUAGGAGACCCCCAGCUUCAGGCCAUCUUGGAGGAGGUGCGUUACAUGGCAGACCGUUUCCGGGAGCAGGACGAGGCCGAGAGUAUGGCCGACCAGUGGAAAUUUGCAGGCGCUGUAAUCGAUCGUCUGUGUCUAGUGGCUUUCAGCGUUUUCAACAUCAUAUGCACCAUCUCUAUCCUUAUGUCUGCCCCCAACUUUGUGGAGGCUGUUUCAAAGGACUUCGUUUAAAAGCAAAGAGGCAAAAAGAGGAGGAGAAGAGUGAAGGAAAGGAUGAGGGGAAUUAAAUAUAGGAUGAAGGAUGGAGUAGGACCGGGUCCAAGGAAACACAAUUUCCAGCGGACUGUAGGCUCUGUGAUUUGUGAUUGGAAAUAGAAACAAAAACACAAAUGGUUUUCUUUGCAAUACAUUUUGUUUUGUAACUGAAAUAUAAGAAAACAGAUGAGGAAGGGGGCGCAGAGUGAAUUUAAAAUGAGAUUAGGGUGAGCAGGGUGCUUUAUCAGAUUCUUAACAAGGUGAAAUGGAUUCUUGUGGUUAAUUCAAAGACUUUCCUCCCAAAACUAGGGGAGUCAGAAAGAGAAAAAGAAAGAGAUUUUCAGUCUAAUGCAACCUCAAGUAAGAAAGCUCUUAAAGCAAGGAAGAGAUUGAGAUAGUAAGAUGGGAAAAGAGACAUAUAUAAGAUAGAUAGACACAGAUAGAUAAGACAGACAUUUGGCUGUUUUAUUUUCUUGAGGAGAAAAGACAGUCCUUCACUCCCACAUGUUGAGAACGGACUACAUCAUUUAAAGUGAUGUGAGGAGAGGGCAGGGAAAGGAGAAAGAGACUUUUUAAAGACAACAAAGAGCGGCAGUGAAAGGAUGAGACUUUAUCCCUUGUGACAUUGGCAGAGUUAGGUGGAGUAAGCAGCUUGAUGCUCAGAUAUACAAAAGUGGACCGCAGAUCAGGAAGUGGAGAGGAACAGAAGAGGAUCUCAUUUAUUAUUUGAUCACAUCCAUCUAAUGAGCGUCAAAUUAAAAGACCUUGGAUAAUCGUUAAGACUAAUAAGCUUUAAAAAGAUGAAGUACCCUCUGUGCUCGCAAACCACUUUAAAUGUCCAAGGUCUUAUCUCUUUGAGACGAUUGCCAAUCUGCAACAAUCAGCAGAGAUCAAAAGCUCCUCAGCAGCGGGCACAGUGUGCAGUGCUUAUCACGACCGGGAUACUGAAUUAACUGGUCAUCAGCGACACAAUGGCCAGUAGCUGCACCACAGUGGAGGCUUGAGCCAAUAAUAACUCAUGAAGCAGUUACCUAACUGUAUCUGGCAGGUCCUAAUAGACCAACGGAUUUCAUAUUAAAGGUUUAAUAACUGAAAUGGGAGGUCAGGUCUUCAAAAGAACAUGAGAGGCACAAAAAAGGGAGAAGGGGGAAAAUAUCAUUAAAAAUCCCCAAACUUAUAUGGAGAAGCAACAUCCCAUCAAAUUUAUGUCAGAUCCCUUUAGGGAUUUAUAGCUUCAUGAGGGUUUUCACAUCUUUCUAAAAUGAAAGAUGAGAUUUUAAUGGAGCUGUAUUUUCAUGAAUUUGGAUCCAGUUGAAAAAAAGUGAUGAUUUAAAAGGUUUAAAUUCAAAGUACAGCCUUCAGCUACAGAGCAUUUGUCAAAAAUGGUAACCAAUAAACAAAAAUUGUCUUUAAUUAGUUUGGGUUUGAGGGAAUUUGACUUUAUUGUGUUUCUGCUAGCUGUGUGAAUGUGUGUUGAAUGCAAGGUUAGCCUAGCUUAGCUCAAUUCAUGGAUGUUUAAAUGGGUUCAAAUGUUUUCCAAGGAUGGCUGUCAAGUUGUAAUAUGCAAUUAACAAUUUUGUACUUACUUUGGCUGUGGUCAAAAUCAUUUCCGUUUUACUAUAUAAAGUUCCUUAACACUAACCCACAGUAGAAUGUCUGUGGCAUGUAACUAGUGGCACUAUUAGAAAGGGAAUAGUGAAAGAGUUAAUAAGUGAGUGAUUUUGGACACAGCCCAAGGUUAUAAGAAAAAAAUGAGUCAU